UAAAGACAACCUGUUAACUUGACCAGGCCUGUUUAUACAUUGGGCCUAAUAAGCCCAAACUACAAAAAACCACCGAUAUAUUCCACGUUGGAUACAUGACCACGUGGACUCUCAUUACUGGAUGUAAUCUCCACCACGCGCGAUCACCAUUUUCAUUUCCAAUUUAUUUCAAAAAAAGAUAAUCCAUGAAAUUUAAAAAAAUAAAAAUAAAAUAAAAAUCUCUAUCUUCUUCGUCUCUUCUCAUCCUCCUCUCAAGAACCUCCUCCAAUGGCGAGAGUUCUAGUCUCGUCUCCAUCAUCGUUCUUCGGUUCACCGUUGAUUAAACCAUCGUCGUCUCUCCGUCACAGUGGAGGAGGAGCUCAAUUUCUACCUUACCGGAGUAAUAAUAACAAGCUUUUCACUACUUCAACCACCGUACGAUUCAGCUUAAACGAGAUUCCUCCUUUCCAUGGAUUGGAUUCAUCGGUAGACAUCGGAGCGAUUCUCACUAGAGCUGAGUCUCUUCUCUAUACAAUAGCUGACGCCGCCGUUGUUGGUGCUGAUUCCGUCGUUUCUACUGAUUCCUCCGCCGUGCAGAAGAGUGGUGGUUGGUUUGGUUUUAUCUCCGAUGGUAUGGAAUUGGUUCUUAAGAUUUUGAAGGAUGGAUUAUCGGCGGUUCAUGUACCGUAUGCUUAUGGAUUUGCGAUUAUCUUGCUUACGAUUAUCGUCAAAGCAGCGACUUAUCCUUUGACUAAGCAACAGGUUGAAUCGACACUAGCGAUGCAAAAUCUUCAACCGAAAAUCAAAGCGAUUCAACAACGUUACGCAGGGAAUCAGGAGAGAAUACAACUAGAGACAUCGCGCUUGUAUAAACAAGCUGGUGUAAAUCCGUUGGCAGGUUGCUUACCAACUUUAGCUACCAUACCAGUUUGGAUUGGUUUAUACCAAGCUCUCUCCAACGUGGCCAACGAGGGAUUGUUGACAGAAGGUUUCUUUUGGAUUCCCUCUCUGGGUGGACCAACAACUAUAGCUGCUCGGCAGAGUGGAUCCGGCAUAUCGUGGCUUUUUCCGUUUGUGGACGGGCAUCCACCAUUGGGAUGGUAUGACACUGCAGCUUAUCUUGUUCUACCUGUUCUCCUUAUUGCCUCCCAGUAUGUGUCAAUGGAGAUUAUGAAGCCUCCUCAAACAGAUGAUCCUGCCCAGAAGAAUACGCUUCUUGUUUUCAAGUUUCUUCCACUCAUGAUCGGAUACUUUGCAUUAUCUGUCCCAUCAGGAUUAUCUAUCUACUGGUUCACAAAUAAUGUACUUAGUACCGCCCAACAAGUAUAUCUGCGUAAACUAGGUGGUGCAAAGCCCAAUAUGGACGAAAACGCAAGCAAAAUAAUAAGUGCGGGACGGGCAAAGAGAUCUAUUGCUCAGCCUGACGAUGCUGGCGAAAGAUUUAGACAAUUAAAAGAGCAAGAGAAGCGCAGCAAGAAGAACAAGGCUGUUGCGAAAGAUACGGUUGAAUUAUUAGAAGAAUCUCAGUCUGAAUCAGAAGAAGGGUCUGAUGAUGAGGAAGAAGAGGCUCGCGAAGGAGCGUUAGCUUCGAGCACAACAAGCAAGCCGCUUCCUGACGUUGGGCAACGAAGAAGCAAAAGAUCAAAGCGGAAACGCACUGUAUAGAACCAAUAUUGCAAGUAAGGAAGAGAAAAGAAAGAGAGAUUUGAAUCCUGUUCUUUAGUUUGAUCUUUUGAUAUAUUUGAAUACACCAAGUCCAGUAAUUAUCUAAAUUUAGGGCAAAAGAAGGUCAUUCUAAAGUUAAAAUCAGUAGUUGAUCAAAGUAAAUUUGAUUAUGUGAUUCAUCUUAUUAUAAAUGUACUAACGUAAAUGUGUGUACUAUUAAGAUUUUCAACAUGUCCGCUUCAAUUUUGUUA